UCAUUUCAUGUCAGCUGGUUUUGAUGUUUCGGACAGCUGCAGGUGUGGACAGUAAAUAUCUAUUCUAUUGUGCAGACGAGCGCGAGCUGGUUUUUAAGUCCCAUGUCGUCACGGUUUCCCAAACUGCAGUGGGCUCCCGUGAACCAUCUCCGCGCGCUCCCCGCUGAAGAUGUCGUCGGUCGAGCAUGAAGAAACCUUCAGUUUCCUGAACAAGUUUGAGAAACUGUCAUGGAGGCCCUUCAUCCGCGACUCAGGCUCCAAGAAACGAGCGCGAUGGCUUCAGGCGCGACGCAUCUUUUCCCCAACCUGUCCGAGCCUGCGCAUCCCCAACCGGUUUCUGAGAGAGGGGCAUUGUAUCCCUCCUGCUCGCAGUGGGCACCGCUGUGUUGCAGACGGCAGCAACUUGUACGUCUUUGGAGGUUACAACCCGGACUUUGAAGAGGCAGGUGGCUCUGAAAAUGAGGACUACCCUCUUUUCAGGGAGCUUUGGCGGUAUCACUUUGCCACGGCCACCUGGCAGCAGGUCCGCACAGAAGGAUACAUGCCCACAGAGCUGGCUUCUAUGUCGGCUGUCAUCCAUGGAAACAAUCUUCUGGUAUUUGGUGGCACGGGGAUUCCCUUUGGUGAAAACAAUAGUAACGAUGUUCACGUCUGCAAUGUUCAGUAUCGACGCUGGAACUUGCUCAACUGCAGAGGGAAUAAACCCAACAAGAUUUACGGACAGGCGAUGGUCAUUAUAAACGGUUAUCUGUACGUGUUUGGAGGGACAACAGGCUACCUUUACAGCACCGACCUGCACAGGCUGGACCUGACCACCAAAGAGUGGACCCAUCUCAAACCCAACAACACACCUUCAGAUCUACCUGAAGAGAGAUACAGGCAUGAGCUGGCUCAUGAUGGACAGAGAAUAUACAUUUUAGGAGGUGGGACUUCCUGGACAUCAUACUCACUGGAUAAAAUUCAUGCAUAUAACCUGGAGACAAAUUACUGGGAAGAAAUGGUCACUAAACCCCAUGAAAAAAUAGGAUAUCCUGCUUCUCGCCGCUGUCACAGCUGUGUACAGGUCAAAGACGAGGUGUUUGUAUGUGGCGGUUAUAACGGGGAGAGCAUCCUGUCAGACCUGUGGAGGCUGAACCUGCGCACCUUUCAGUGGAUGAAGCUUCCUGCUGUCAUGCCUGAACCUGCUUACUUUCACUGUGCAGCAGUCACUCCGGCUGGCUGCAUGUACGUCCACGGCGGUGUGGUCAACAUUUCUGGUAACCGAAGAACCGCCUCUCUGUAUAAAGUGUGGCUGGUGGUGCCCAGCCUGCUAGAACUGACCUGGGAGAAGCUGCUGAAGAUGUUCCCUCACUUAACGCAGCUGUCCACGCUUCAGCUGCUCAGCCUGGGACUGACCCACACUCUAAUCCAGAGGCUCAAAUAGACUCAACACAAUGACUGAAACGGACGAAGCCGCACCGAGGCUGAAGGUCGUAAAACGGAGCCAAGAUGGCUACAAAAAAUUCAUUUUUAACUUUUUUUUUUUUUUUUUUAAAUAUGAGUGAAAAAGUUUUGAGUUUGUCAUGCUGCUAUCAGCGCAGACAGCCGACGGGGUGCUGAUUUCAACCUCAAUGCACUUCAGACACUUUUCCUGAGUUUGUGAUUUCAAACAUGCAUGUCAGUUUGUGUCGUCACAGGAGAAACGGAGCAUGAGAAAUCACCCGCUAGUGAGCAAAGCAAACCGUCCUUCAGGUAAACCCAUUUCGGCUUGUUAAAGGGCUUGUUGCAAUUUUGCAGAUGGAAUUUCGUCACAUUUAGCUGUCGUAUCUUUUAUGAUGGGAGUUAGCCUUUAAUUUUUGUGGAAACGAGUUUGAAAAACCUACAUGACAAAGAAAUUGCAUUGUAUUUUAUAAGGUCCAAUACUUAAAAAUCACAUUUUUAAUCCUGAUAUUUCUGCAGUUCUGUUCACCAAAUUGGAAGUCGCUCUUUAUCACUGUGAAACUUUAUUGUACUCAACAAUUGGGGAAUUUUUCCAUCUUUGACCAAAGUGGUUCUUAGGUUUCUAACUUUUUUUGUGCCUUUUGAUUAUUUAAAAUAGACCUGACUCCUGUCUGAAUUGCAUUGAUAUAUUGCAGUUUUUUUUCAGCCUCAUAAUUACCUAAAAGAGUGUGCUGUCUAUUUUCUAACAGUUUUCCAGAACUUUCAGCUGAUAUAUUUAUUCUUUGACUUUAUGCCUGAACUCCACUUUAACCUUCACACUCAAGAACUCACAUUAAGUGCUAUUAUUAUUUUCCACUGUUUUUCUAGAACAUUUUGCAUCUAAAGGAGUUCUAAUCCUUGUGUGAGAAGUUCUAAAGAUGCUAAAUACUGUGAUAAAUGUAAAGAGCUUAAAACCCUUAAAAUCAUCUUUUUUUUUUUUUUUAAAUCUCUAUUUUUUUCCUGUUACGUUACUGAAACUCUUAAAUACUGUGGAUCCUUCCUGGCACGUUUGCCACCAAUUCACCAGCUUUACACUCAGCCUUUUAUUUCCAUCCAUCUAAUGUUUUUAACCAAGUGCUUUUCUUUUAAACACCUUUUUUAUAAUGUUAUGGCUUUAUUUAUCUGCUUUUGUUUUUAAAUAGAAAACUAAUCUGCUGGAUAAAUGCAUUCAAACUGAUGUUCAUGUGCACGUCUUAGGCCUGCAUGUCAAUUCAUUUCAACAUUUGGGAGGAGACAAAGAUCUGUCAAAGCAAAUAAGACUGCACUGUUUUGUAUUUUUAUUUUUUUUGUCUGUGUCAACAAUAAAAACGCAGACGAAUACUUUUUA